CGGCGGAGAGGAGAGCGUCGCGGCCGGGACGGGUGGGCCGCCGGCGCGGGGAGGGGCGUUCCCGUUCGGGCUGAUUCCGUGGCAACAUGACCACACAGUACGGUAUUCUCUUCAAGCAAGAACAAGCUCACGAUGAUGCCAUCUGGUCAGUUGCCUGGGGAAAGAAUAAAAAAGAUGGUUCUGAAACGGUGAUCUCUGGUUCUUUGGAUGACCUAGUGAAAGUCUGGAAGUGGAAUGAUGAAAAAUUGGACCUGCAAUGGACUUUAGAGGGUCACCAGCUGGGUGUGGUAUCUGUGGAUAUCAGCCAUACAGGUUCCAUUGCAGCAUCCAGCUCCCUAGAUGCCCAUAUUCGCCUUUGGGAUUUAGAAACUGGCAAACAGAUCAAGUCAAUAGAUGCUGGUCCUGUUGAUGCUUGGUCUCUCGCUUUUUCACCUGAUUCCCAGUACCUUGCAACAGGAAGUCAUGUGGGAAAAGUGAAUAUUUUUGGUGUUGAAACUGGAAAAAAAGAAUAUUCUCUGGACACAAGAGGAAAGUUCAUCCUUAGCAUUGCAUAUAGUCCAGAUGGAAAAUAUUUAGCCAGUGGAGCAAUAGAUGGCAUUAUCAAUAUUUUUGAUAUUGCAACUGGAAAACUUCUGCACACGCUAGAAGGUCAUGCGAUGCCUAUUCGUUCACUGACGUUUUCUCCAGAUUCUCAGUUACUAGUAACUGCUUCAGAUGACGGCUAUAUCAAAAUCUACGAUGUACAACAUGCAAACUUGGCUGGCACAUUAAGUGGUCAUGGAUCUUGGGUGUUAAAUGUAGCAUUUUGUCCUGAUGAUACCCAUUUUGUUUCCAGUUCAUCUGAUAAAAGUGUAAAAGUUUGGGAUGCUGGAACAAGGACCUGUGUUCACACUUUCUUUGACCAUCAAGAUCAGGUUUGGGGAGUGAAAUACAAUGGAAGUGGUUCCAAGAUUGUAUCUGUUGGAGAUGACCAAGAAAUCCAUAUUUAUGACUGUCCAGUUUAAACAGCUUCAGACCUUUUGGUUAAAGUUUGUGGCAGUCAUUUUUAUGUUACUGUUUAUAAAUGUUAUUUUUUAAUAUGAUAAAAGCAUCUAAGUAAUGCUGAUCUGAAUUCUGAACUGAAAAUCAGUUAUGUUUAUACAUAGUCUUGGUUUUGUUUGGCAUGAGAUAAAGCUUUUUCUAAAUAAAAUUAUGGAUGCAAGGAA